UAUCUUUUUCCAGUUUCAAAAGACCCUGAACAGUUUCUGUGCUUAAAAUACUGCCUGAAAAAAUUAAGAAGAUACGCAUUUUCCAUCCGCGAGAGUAUCGCAUGACUAUAUAUUAACCACAUAAUACCACAUAAUAACCAUAUAACUUUCUCUAUUAGUUCUUCUGAUUCAGAUAGUUUGUACUUUGUAACAAUUUGCUGUUUAUGGGAACAAUCAGAUGUUUAUAGGAACAAUGAGACUUCUGAUUUACUCAAGUAAUGUUUUGGUUUUGUAGUGACUGCUUUGAAAUUCUUGGUCACCUGGCGCAUUUUGAGCGAUGGAAAAUUUCAGCCGUUGCGACAGUACAUAAAAACUAUGAACAAAGAAAUUUUUUUUCACAAUAAUACAUUCCUAUUUAUGAUGUAACUUUACUUUAAGUUGAGCAAAUAGCAUGAAAUUGGUCUGGGUGUGUUUGUUUUCUGCACUUUGUUUUUUUGCAACAAUAAAAAAUGUUGUAUUAGCGAAGAAUUUGGUUGUUGCAACCUACAACUUGUGGAAUGUUAUGUUUCAGUGGGAUUCAAGAAAGUAUUAUAUUGCUGAUAUGAUCCGUCAAGCAAACCCAGAUAUUAUUGGUUUUCAAGAAGUUAGAGCAGAUGCAAAUGGCAAACAGAAUCAAGUAAAAAUGCUACAGGCAUUGCUACCAGAGUAUAAGUACAAUGUCUUUCACACAACAAGAACAGUCAUUAAUAGAUUUGGCAAAGGUGCCAUCAAAGGCUGGGAACAAGAAGGAUUAGGAAUAUUAAGCAAGCAUUCAAUUAUCAUGUCUCAUCAUAUACCACUAUCAAGAGCAGGGGAAUCUGAUCAAACUCCACGUGUGUUGCUACACAUACAAAUAGAAUAUGAACACCAUGAAAUAUUUUUUAUGGUAGUACAUUUUUCAACAGAUAGGAAACUUCAGUGUAAAAAUGCUAUGCGGAUGAUAAAUUUUAUAUCAUCCACUGGUGCUGAUAGAACUGUGAUUGUUGGGGAUUUUAAUACAUACUCUAAUUAUGAGUGGCCGGUGGAGGCUGUUUUAAAUGGAUUUUUUUUACCAAAUGGGUGUCCCAAACAGGUAGGAUUUGAACCAGUUGGUGCCAAUCAAGGGUAUGGAUUUGAUGACUCGUGGCCUAUGACGAGUUUAAAUAAACCAGCUGGAUUAACUUUUAGUAAUAUGCCAUCACCAGGACUAAUAAACAGGCCAGAUAGAGUGCUGGUGUCUCGCGUUGGGUUAGACCCAGUUAAAACAACAGUAUCUGGCCAUGGUAAAGGUUACAAAGACAGUUACAGCUUUUGGAAUUAUUUGAGUCGCUUUAAAACUAUAUCCCAUAUGUCACAAAGACAAUGGAACGGUCACAAAGUGAAUUAUAGCUGUCAUUCAGACUGUGGACCACAUGGUUCAUGCCGCUGUGGUGUAUGUGUUGGUGGUGGCAACACCUUGAACUGUGACCUACCUAAAUGUACUGAAUGCACAGCUGCUCAUUACAAUAUCAUAUUAUUUCUUUACUAUUUUCUAAUAGUUUAUUCAACUUGUGCUUUUUACUUUGCAUUCUGUAUAUAUGCAAAGCACACUCAGAUUAAGUUGCUACGAAAACUUAUCCUUUGCCCAAGAUGGUUUGGGUAUAAACAUUUUAUUCCCUAUUUACUAAUAGGUUUUGCAAUAUUUUAUACCUUAGUUAAGGUUGGGCUUUCAGAUAUGAUAGUACUGACAUAUAAUCGGAUACCAGAGGAAAUGUUUCCAUCAGACCAUUUAAUGGUUGUUAGUGAAAUCAAAGUGACAUAUCACUGAUUCAAACCUGAACCUUUAAUUA